GACCUCGCGAUAGGAACGAAUUUGGCGCAGCUCCCAGCUGAAACACCCAUCCGUUGGUUCCAAUAUGUCAACAUCUACACCAAGUCUCCAGUGAUCGAGCAGACAACUCCUGCAUCCCUGCUGAUUUCGGACACCGUGGCGCAAAUUGUGGACGUAGAACUGUUGGACCAGGACCUAGAUGAGGAGGAGCUUGGGGGCAAUGUCACCUGGACCGUGGCGCGGGACCUGCCGCUAAUCGCCCACUUCACCGUGUACUUUACUGAGAAUGACACCUGGGAGACCGGGCGCGUUCGUGCUGGCGAGGAUGUAGCCCCGGUCGAAUUCGCGGAGUUAUUCAUCCCACCGGACACCAGGCCGCCACUGGAGACCUUCAGCUGGAUCUCCAUCUUCCCUAGCUCCCUCCUUGCUGAGCGCACAACACCCUUCUCGUCGUCCAUCAACGACACCAUCUCGCCGGUCUUGAAUGUGUCCUUCCUUGAUCUGGACUUGGACUUGGGC